GCGCUUCACCCACCGAAAACAAUAAUAAAGACGACAACGACGACGACACCCAGAAGGCCCCGCGCUUGCUAUUCCGCCCUCUUUGGCCGCCGAGGGAACAGGCAGUAGCGGCGGCCGAGAGGAAAGGCUCGUCCCCCGUUGUCGCUAUGAAACUGCGAGUGCGGCUCCAGAAGCGGACGGCUCGGCUUGAGAUACCGGGGGCGGAGCCGACCCUAGAAGAUUUGCGUGCGCGCCUGUGCCAGACCCUGCUGCCCGCUUGGGGUUACAGUUCUGAUAUCCAGUUUGCAAUAACUUUGAACAACAGAGACUCCCUCUCUGGGGACCAGGAAUCUCUAGCAUCAUUUGGAAUUGUUUCAGGCGACUUGAUAUGCUUGAGGCUGGAAGAUGCUAACACAACACCCAACUCACCUCCACCCCCUUCCUCGUUGCUGCCUGCAGAGCAAAAUAUUUACGAACCUUCCACUUCAGCAGUAUGUCACAAUCAACCCAAUACCACAGAAAACAAAAGACACAAUGGGCACGUAGAAGAUCAUCAGGUCCAAAGUGAUGAACAGAUGGCUGACAAUACGGCAGGAUCCAGCCAAGAGUUUGCUUCAGAAAUGGUCUCAGAUGAUCCCGAUCUCCAGGAAACUGUGGGUUCUUAUCCUUUGGGGCCGAUGCUAUGCUCUGAAGCUACGGAUGGGCAGGUGCCACACUCUCUUGAGAUCCUCUACCAUUCUGCAGUGUGUUCCAGUGCCGGUGAUGCUUUGAUAGUUCUGAUUCAUCUUCUCAUGAUGGAGACAGGCUACGUACCCCAAGAGACAGAAGCAAAAGCAACGGUCAUGCCUGAGAAGUGGAGGAAUGGUGGUGUUUAUAAGCUACAGUAUACUCACCCUCUCUGUGAAGAGGGCUCUGCUGCCCUGACUUGUGUGCCUUUGGGGGACUUUAUUGUUGUCAAUGCAAUGUUAAAGAUCAGCAGUGACAUUAAAAGUGAGAAGAGACUGCAGCUUCGGCCAACAUCUUUUGUUUGUUUUCAAGACUCAGCAAAUAUUGCUGGAGUGUAUAAGGAUCUUCAGAAAUUAUCUCGUCUCUUUAAAGAUCAGUUGGCGUAUCCUCUUCUGGCAGCUGCUCGUCAAGCUUUGAACUUACCAGAUAUGUUUGGCUUGGUGGUCCUUCCGCUCGAACUGAAAUUCCGGAUUUUCAGGCUGCUGGACGUCCGCUCACUCCUUGCUUUGUCUGCUGUUUCCCGUGACCUCUACACAGCCUCAAAUGACCAGCUACUGUGGAGAUUUGUAUACCUGCGAGAUUUCAGAGAUCCUGUUUCCAGGCCACGAGACACAGACUGGAAAGAAUUGUACAAGAAGAAAUUGAAGCAGAAGAAGGAGGCUCUGAGGUGGAGGCACAUGAUGUUUCUGCCCCCUCCUCUUCCCAGCCCAUUUCAUCCCAAUCCACUUUAUCCUUUCCCUCCUAAUCCUCUUUAUCCCCCGAUGAUAAUUGGUGGUGAAUAUGAUGAAAUACCAACUCUUCCUUUUAUUGGUGACCCAGUCAACUCACUUUUUUCUGGUCCAGAGGAGAUGCCAAGUCUGUUCCCCCCUACACUACAGCCGCACUUUGAUCCAGUUGGGUUCCUUCCAGGUCCAAAUUUCUCAGUUCCAGGGAGAGCCAGUGGCAAUGACAGAUUCCCCCCUAGGCCCAGCCGGGGCCGCCCAGUUGAUAGUCGCCGUCCAUUCAUAUGAUGACUCUUGACACCAAGAGUUUAAACCUCAUAUUCCUGGGCUUGCUUUUUGAACUAUAGGAUACUCAGUUCUGGGGCCUUAAGGUGUCUCUCUUCUAAUUAGGGCGAUGCAUAGGUACGAUGGUAUCCUGCCUCCAGGGACUAGGUCCAACAAUUCAGUGCAAAUAACUAGUGCUGUGUCCUUUAGAACUGGAGAUCCUUUCAGAAAGAACUCUGUGGGAUGCUUUGUUCUUCUUCCUUUUUGUCCUUUGCUGCGUCUGAUAAAGAGCAAUUUAAGCACAAGCAUGCUGUUGGUCUGGACUGACUCAUUCCCUAAAUGUCUCCAUUAAAUGCCUGCAGUGAUUAUUUUU